GUGCGGCGCUCGCAGGGGCAUUCCCAGGGGCAACAGCGCACCCAGCGGCCCUUCCACGGGCAGUGGCUUCCCCAAGGGCCCAAUUUAGGGUUGCCGGCGCUCCCCGGGCCCCUCUCAGGGGCAACGGCGCCCCCAGGGGUCCCUGUUAGGGGCUGUGGUAUCCUCAGGGCCUCUUCCAGAGGCUCUGGCGUCCCCAGGGCCCUCCUAGGGGCGGCGGCGCUCCCUGGGACAUUCCCAAGAGCAGCGGGUCGUCUGGGGCUCUCCUUAGGGGUGGAUAUGCUCUCCUGGACCCUCUCAGGGGAGCCCUACCACAGGAGGCGGGUUCUCCUUAGGGGUGGCGGCGAUCCCAGGGACCCUGCCAGGGGCAGUGGCGCCCCCAAUGUCCCACCAUUGGCCGGCGAACCUGCAAGGACCCUCCCAGGGGUGGUGGUGGCCCCACGAGCCUUCCAGGGGCGACGAUGCACCCGGGGGACUUACCAGGGACGGCAUCACCCCCAUGGGCCCUCUCUAUGGGUGGCAACGUCCCUAGAGGCCCUUUUCAAGGCCGGCGGUGCCUCCAAAGACCCUCCCAAGGGCAGUCGUGACCCCAAGGGCCCUGCCAGGGGCGGCGACGCUCCCAGGAGCCCUGCCUGGGGCGGCAUCGCCUGCAAGGGCACUUUCAGGGAAGGUGGAGCCCCAAUAGGCCCUGCCAGAGGCUGUAGCACUCCCAAGGCCUCUUCCAGGGGCUGUGGCGCCCCCAGGUCUCUCUCAGGAGCAGCGGCGCCCUCAAGCGCCCUCCCAAAAGCGGCGGAUCCCUUAGGGGCCCUACCAUUAGCUGUGGCACCCCCAGGACCUCUUCCAGGAACUGUGGAGUCCCCCGUGCGGCGCUCGCAGGGGCAUUCCCAGGGGCAACAGCGCACCCAGCGGCCCUUCCAGGGGCAGUGGCUUCCCCAAGGGCCCAACUUAGGGGUGCCGGCGCUCCCCGGGGCCCUCUCAGGGGCAACGGCGGCCACAGGUGUCCCUGUCAGGGGCUGUGGUAUCCUCAGGGCCUAUUCCAGAGGGUCUGGCGUCCGCAGGGUCCUCCUAGGCGCGGCGGCGCCCCGUGGGGCCCUCCCAAGGGCAGCAGGGCCCCUGGGGCUCUCCUUUGGGGUGGAGAAGCUCUCCUGGACCCUCUCAAGGGCAGCGACGCCCCAAGGGGCCCCUGACAUGGGCUGUGACGUCUCAAGGGGCCCUAUUAGGGCGAUGGCGCCCCAGGAGUCUUCCAAGGGGCGUGGACGCUCCCAAGGGACCUCCCAGAUGCUGAGGCGGGGCCAUCCCACGGGUGGGGGCGCCCCCAAAGUCCCACCAUUGGCCGGCGAACCUGCAAGGACCCUCCCAGGGGUGGUGGUGGCCCCACGAGCCUUCCAGGGGCGACGGCGCACCCGGGGGCCUUACCAGGGACGGCAGCACCCCCAUGGGCCCUCUCUAUGGGUGGCAACGUCCCUAGAGGCCCUUUUCAAGGCCGGCGGUGCCUCCAAAGACCCUCCCAAGGGCAGUCGUGACCCCAAGGGCCCUGCCAGGGGCGGCGACGCUCCCAGGAGCCCUGCCUGGGGCGGCAUCGCCUGCAAGGGCACUUUCAGGGAAGGUGGAGCCCCAAUAGGCCCUGCCAGAGGCUGUAGCACUCCCAAGGCCUCUUCCAGGGGCUGUGGCGCCCCCAGGUCUCUCUCAGGAGCAGCGGCGCCCUCAAGGGCCCUCCCAAAAGCGGCGGAUCCCUUAGGGGCCCUACCAUUAGCUGUGGCACCCCCAGGACCUCUUCCAGGAACUGUGGAGUCCCCCGUGCGGCGCUCGCAGGGGCAUUCCCAGGGGCAACAGCGCACCCAGCGGCCCUUCCAGGGGCAGUGGCUUCCCCAAGGGCCCAACUUAGGGGUGCCGGCGCUCCCCGGGGCCCUCUCAGGGGCAACGGCGGCCACAGGUGUCCCUGUCAGGGGCUGUGGUAUCCUCAGGGCCUAUUCCAGAGGGUCUGGCGUCCGCAGGGUCCUCCUAGGCGCGGCGGCGCCCCGUGGGGCCCUCCCAAGGGCAGCAGGGCCCCUGGGGCUCUCCUUUGGGGUGGAGAAGCUCUCCUGGACCCUCUCAAGGGCAGCGACGCCCCAAGGGGCCCCUGACAUGGGCUGUGACGUCUCAAGGGGCCCUAUUAGGGCGAUGGCGCCCCAGGAGUCUUCCAAGGGGCGUGGACGCUCCCAAGGGACCUCCCAGAUGCUGAGGCGGGGCCAUCCCACGGGUGGGGGCGCCCCCAAAGUCCCACCAUUGGCCGGCGAACCUGCAAGGACCCUCCCAGGGGUGGUGGUGGCCCCACGAGCCUUCCAGGGGCGACGGCGCACCCGGGGGCCUUACCAGGGACGGCAGCACCCCCAUGGGCCCUCUCUAUGGGUGGCAACGUCCCUAGAGGCCCUUUUCAAGGCCGGCGGUGCCUCCAAAGACCCUCCCAAGGGCAGUCGUGACCCCAAGGGCCCUGCCAGGGGCGGCGACGCUCCCAGGAGCCCUGCCUGGGGCGGCAUCGCCUGCAAGGGCACUUUCAGGGAAGGUGGAGCCCCAAUAGGCCCUGCCAGAGGCUGUAGCACUCCCAAGGCCUCUUCCAGGGGCUGUGGCGCCCCCAGGUCUCUCUCAGGAGCAGCGGCGCCCUCAAGGGCCCUCCCAAAAGCGGCGGAUCCCUUAGGGGCCCUACCAUUAGCUGUGGCACCCCCAGGACCUCUUCCAGGAACUGUGGAGUCCCCCGUGCGGCGCUCGCAGGGGCAUUCCCAGGGGCAACAGCGCACCCAGCGGCCCUUCCAGGGGCAGUGGCUUCCCCAAGGGCCCAACUUAGGGGUGCCGGCGCUCCCCGGGGCCCUCUCAGGGGCAACGGCGGCCACAGGUGUCCCUGUCAGGGGCUGUGGUAUCCUCAGGGCCUAUUCCAGAGGGUCUGGCGUCCGCAGGGUCCUCCUAGGCGCGGCGGCGCCCCGUGGGGCCCUCCCAAGGGCAGCAGGGCCCCUGGGGCUCUCCUUUGGGGUGGAGAAGCUCUCCUGGACCCUCUCAAGGGCAGCGACGCCCCAAGGGGCCCCUGACAUGGGCUGUGACGUCUCAAGGGGCCCUAUUAGGGCGAUGGCGCCCCAGGAGUCUUCCAAGGGGCGUGGACGCUCCCAAGGGACCUCCCAGAUGCUGAGGCGGUACUAG